AGGAAAGAUCAGAUGGAGACAGAAGGAAGAAGAGGAGGAGCUUCUUAUUAUCUUUUGUUCCCUUUUAUGUUCAUACACCAAACUCUCCGAUCUCUCUUACUCAAGCUUUUCAGUCUGCGAUCUCCUUCUCAACAUAGUUCUCUGGAGGAAGAGGAAGAAGUUGAGGUUGUGCAAGUGACAUCGAGGGGACUUCCACCGAAACCAAAGAAGCUGCAGCAGAAGCCGAGGGGAAGUUCCGGCAAGCCAGGAAGUAUCAACAAGAAGCCUCGCUAGUUUUUACUUGAAUUAAGUUUAAUAAUUUACAAUUUCUUUUUAAUCAGUGUAAGACUAUGUGUUUUUAAGUGGUAAUUCUUGAGGAUUGUAAGUUCUCCGAGACCUUCUUAUAUCAUAUAACAUAAAUAAAAAGACAAUGUGAAUCAUGUAUGACAGAUAUUUGGUGAUAAAUUAAACUGUGAAACAAAUAAUUAACAUGAUCAUAUAAAUCAACUACAUC